AUGCCAAAGGGCGAUGAAGAGCUAUUAGAUGAAUAUCCUGGUAGAUGCACCAUCCAACUUUUGUGGGGUUGGUGGGCUCGCCCGCAACACCAGAAUGGAGGAACAGGUGAUCAUAUCAAUGGUGUAACCAAUGGUUAUCCAGAAAAGCAUAAAUCGAGUCACAAUCUUCAUCUCAUGACAAACAUCGGAGUAAAGAUAAAGAUAAGGAAAGAAGCAAAGACCAUAAAAGCUCUUCCAGCAAACAUUCGUCCAGCUCCAGCAGGGAUAAGGACAAGCACUCCAGCAGCAGUAAAGACAAAGAAAGAAGUCACAGUCACAAAUCCUCCAGCAAGGACAAAGAUAGGGAAGGAAGAUCAGACAAGGACAAGAGCAGCUCGAAUAAGGAAGAUCUUCAGACAAGGAGAGAUCAGAUAA